AUGGCGGUCCGCGUGCAAUUCGAAAACAACAAUGAAGUUGGUGUCUUUAGCAAACUUACAAAUUCUUACUGUCUUGUAGCUAUCGGAGGCUCAGAGAAUUUCUACAGUGUGUUUGAAGCAGAAUUAUCAGACACUAUACCCGUGGUACACGCUAGUGUCGCAGGCUGUCGCAUCAUUGGCCGCAUGACCGUCGCUAACAAGAAUGGGUUACUUUUACCAUCGUCCACGACAGACACAGAGCUGCAGCACAUCCGUAACAGUUUACCAGAUAACGUCAAAGUACAGCGAGUCGAAGAACGAUUAAGUGCACUCGGUAACGUCAUCGCUUGCAACGACUAUGUUGCUUUAGUUCAUCCAGAUUUAGACAAAGACACAGAAGAAAUUCUUGCUGACACAUUAAAUGUUGAAGUUUUCCGACAAACUGUAGCUGGUAAUGUGUUAGUUGGGUCCUAUACAGCACUUAGUAAUAGAGGAGGUUUACUUCACCCUAAAACUACAAUUCAAGAUCAGGAUGAAUUAUCCUCAUUGCUUCAAGUACCAUUAGUUGCAGGAACAGUGAACAGAGGUAGUGAUGUGGUGGGUGCAGGGUUGGUAGUUAAUGACUGGAGUGCAUUCUGUGGUAUGGAUACAACUUCAACAGAAAUAUCAGUUAUUGAGAGUGUUUUCAAACUUAAUGAUGCUAAACCUAGUGCAAUUACAUCCACUAUGAGAGCAUCCCUGAUUGACAGCAUGUCAUAG